AUGAAAACUUUUAAAGGAAAGUCAUUAUUUGAACAUCAAGGUCAUCUUUAUACUGUAAAUAAACAAUCAGGUGGCAAGGUGAUAUGGUGUUGCCGUAAUUCUCGACAUGGUCAAUGUCGCGGCCGACUUCAUACAAUCAACAAUCAAGUUAUCCAAAAAAUUGGUGAUCACAAUCAUGAACCAAACAGUUCGACUGGGUAA